AUGUCAGGAUUCUUGGACACGACAGCCAGUCAUAAGAAUUAUGCUGCAUUUGGCUUUGUGGAGUGUGGUCCUUGCACUGGAAAGAAACAAAAAGCUAUCAAGUCUUGUCUGGUGUGCUUGGACUCGUACUGUCCAACUCACUUUGAGCUCCAUGAGGAACUGCACUCAGGACAGCACCACAAUGUAAUGAACGCCAUGGGGUUUCUCCAUGACAAGAUCUGCUCCAGGCAUGACAAGCUGCUAGAGGUCUUCUGCUGCUUGGAUCAGCAGUGUAUCUGUCCCAUGUGUAUGAUGGAUGAUCACAAAGGACAUAGAAUUGUGUCUGCUUCAGCAGAAAGAACAGAGAAACAGAGCCAGAUGGGUGAGCCAAAGAGGAAAUUGCAGCAAAGAAUCCUGGACAGGAAAAGGGAGCUUGAGGAACUACAGAAAGCUGUGGAGUCUCACAAGCGUUCUGCACAGGCAGCACUGGAAGAGAGUGAGAAGACAUUCACUGAAAUUAUUUGCUUCAUUGAGAAAAAACGCUCUGAAGUUCAGGGCCUAAUUCGAGUUCAAGAGAAGAUUGCAAUAAACCGAGCCGAAUGCCUCCUGAAGCAGCUGGAAGAAGAAAUCGCUGAGCUUCAGAGGCAAGAUGAUGAGCUGCAGCAGCUCUCACUCACAGAGGAUCACAUUCAUUUUCUUCAGCGGUAUGUGUUUCUCACUGCCCCUCUUGGAUCUUCAGAUUUACCCACCAUCACUAUUAGCUCUGUCCUCUCCUUUGUGGAAGUAGCAAAGUCUGUAAAUGAACUGAAAAGGCAUCUGGAAGAUUUUUGUAAAGCAGACAUGGAGAAGAUUGAAAACAGAGUUAAGCAAAUUCAAAUCCUUAUACCCAUGACCAGAGAGGAGAUCCUGCAGUAUUACUGUGAGCUAACCAUGGAUCCCAACACAGCAUACAGACGUCUUAGCCUGUCCGAGAGUAACCGAGCAGUGUCCAACUAUGACCAGGACUUGCCUUACCCAUAUCAUCCAGAGAGGUUUGAUUGGCCCCAAGUGUUGUGUGAGCAGCCGGUGUGUGGACGCUUUUACUGGGAGGUGGAGUGGAGUGGUGGAAAUGGUGUUAACAUUGCUGUCUCCUAUAAAAGCAUCCCCAGGAAGGGCGGUCGCAACGAGUGCUGGUUUGGCUGCAGUGAUCAGUCGUGGAGGCUCUAUUGCUCACCAUUUAGAUAUGCUUUUAGGCACCAUGGCAAGGAAACAUACAUCCCCAAAAUGAACAACUCCACCAGGAUUGGCGUGUAUGUUGAUUACAUUGCUGGGAUACUGUCCUUCUACAGCAUAGCUGGAAAAAUGAUUCUGCUCUACAAAGUGCAAUGUGAGUUCACCGAGCCUCUGUAUCCAGGAUUUACUGUGUGGCCAGGCUCCAAACUGACACUCUGUUUUCCUACACAGGUCAAAUACAUAUGA